GGCGCGAAAGUGCAAAAGCGCACUCUUUACUCUUCAAAAAAAUUUGGCCUGUUGUUUUGGUUGUCUAUUACUGCCCUUUUCCAGUAUUGUCAUUCUAUUCAUAGCCUCGGAAAUAAUAAUUUACUUGUUGAGAUUUCUUUUGCGCAGUAAUAUGACAUUUGAGCCAGUUGUCUUGUCGCAAGAUGCACCUGUAAAAUUGUUGGUUAGGGAUUUCAGAAACGUUUUGAAAACGAAAUUGCAAACUUACCCAUGGAAAAUACAAUGUCCAUCUACUAAUAAAAAUGGGGCUAGUCAGUCUCUGGUGAUACAGUUUAAUCAGAUUUGGCUUCAAGGCUGGGUAAAAACUUGUGAAAACGAAGAUAAUAUACUGAUAAGUGAUGGUAGUGGUGAAGUAAGAGUGACAAAAUGUAAGAGGUCUCCUGGGUAUAAUUGGAUUAAACAAGGUGCUUAUUGUGGAGUGCUGGCAACCAUGAAAUUACCUUCACAGUUACCUCCUGAAGUCGAGGCGCUCAAGUUCAUGGACAUAUCUGACAAGAAUAGUGAAGCGGAGCGUAUCUGGCCGUUAGAAGUUCAAGAGUUAAUGAAUGUUUUAGCGAAUAGAAUUUCUUUUGAUUUGUAAGGUAUGAGGAGUUUGGCAUGUGUUAAAUUGUAAAUAAAUUAUAUAAUUGAAACUACAUAUACAACUUUUAAAUAAAAAUAGAAGUAAAAUGUUUUUAAAAAUA